AUGGAUGACCAAAGAGAAGACAUAUCUCGCAUUUCUGUCGACACCGUGCAAGACUGGCAGCGCAUCAAGGCAAACUACACACGCGCUGCGAUGGCGAUCCUCGACGAGGAGCUCGCCCAAGGCGGGCCGAGCGAAGAAAGAGGGCUCAUCGCACAGCAUCUAAAACAGUUCGUCGACAGGACGUUUGAGAAGACCCGCCCCAAUAUCCGCGUCAACGGACGGAACGCCGAGGACGUUGACGUCGACGAAGAGGAGGAAGAGCCGUUCGAUGAGGGCUUCGACAGGCACAUUUGGGCGCUCUCAGAGCAAAGCCUGAAAUGGGAUAAGGAGCUCGCUGCGAGGCGGCAAAAGCAUCCAGUCGAGGUCGAAAGGCUCUUGGAAGAGCUUCUCAACCGGCAGCGUGCGGUCGAUGAGGAAUUGGCUGCUGAAGGGGACGGGGAUGGGGACACCGUUCCGCUGUACAAUGACUUGCCUCCUGAUGCUUAUGAGAAUAUAGAGCAGAUUACGCUGAAGUUGAAUGCCAUAACCGACGAGCUUAACCAAUCUGUGCCUCUACAACUGGAACGCUCCGAGAGAGUACAGGAUGUAGCUGCCACGGUAAAAACAUUGAAGCCGUGA